AUGGGCCCGGCUAUUACAGAGAAACUCGCUACCAUAAUCAAUAAGCGUUGGUCUGAAAAACUGAGCGAUCAAAAGCUGAAAGAAAAGCGGGAUCAAUACCCCCGCCCAGACAACUGUGACAGACUUGUGGCGCCACGCAUUAACCCAGAAAUCUGGGCGAGAAUAGACCACACUGCAAAACAGUUGGACCUUCGCGCCAGCACAAACCAAUCUAAUCUGGCCAAAGCAGGAGUUGUCCUGGCAAAAUCAACCGACAAACUUCUGUCACUUUAUCAAAAAGACUCGAAGCCCGAGUACCGAGAGCUUAUCACACUCAACACAGACGCCCUUGCUCUACUGGGACACGCGUUGUGUGAAAUGUCACAACGAAGGCGGGAAACGCUAAAACCGCAUCUUAACAAAGAAUACACGACCCUUUGCGCCUCGCAUGUUCCAGUUACAUCUCUCCUAUUUGGGGAUGACCUACAGGGUCAACUAAUAAAUAUACGAGCUACAAAUAAAGUUAGCAACACAAUCAGUGAUGCGAGAAAACAAUACAAAAAUACACAACAAUGGCGACCACGAUCAGAUUACGACAAUACGCAAUCCCAGUUGCAAUAUCAAUCCUCUCAGCUCUUUACAGGUGAGUAACCUCGCCUUAAACAUUUAUACAAAUCUGAAAUCAUAUUUUCAGACCAAAAUUGUGCAUUUUAAGAGUGGUCAAAUAUCAAAACACAUUGCCAAAUGGCAUGAGAUUACCUCUGACCCAGAGGUUCUAGGUUCGUGGACUUCACAUUGAAUUCUCGAUCGAACCUUAUCAAUGACAAAGGGUAUAAUAAAAAAAUCACAACAUGAGCCGGGAGAGUAUAUCUCCCCCAUAUUUCUAAAGGAGAAAAAAGAUGGAUCAUACAGAAUGAUCCUCAAGCGACCAAAUGCUCAUGUUCAAUACCAUCAUUUCAAAAUGGAGUCAAUUCAGUCAGCCAUUAGACUGCUGACACCAAACUGUUUUAUGGCAUCAUCGAUCUGAAAGAUGCGUACUAUACUGUGUCCCAAUAGCGAGCUUCCACCACAAAUAUCUAAAAUUUGAGUAGUAUGGGUCACUGUACCAGUUUACUUGCUUCACCAAUGGCCUAGUAGCCCACGCAAGUUCACAAAACUAAUGAAGCCAGUACUUUGUUACCUCAGGAAAUUGGGUCACCAAUCCUCCCUUUACAUUGAUGACUCAUUACGAACAGGUCAAACCUAUGAUGACUGUGCAGCUAAUGUGAUUGACACAACACAGCUCAUAGACAACUUGGGGUUUAUAGCUCACCCUGACAAAUCUGUUUUCAUCCCCACUCAUGAAUUAGACUAUCUUGGUUUCACACUAAACUCCAAAACUAUGCAGGUGACUAUAACACCUGGAAAGAAGUUGAAUCUCAUAGAAACAUGUAAGGAACUCCUUACGAAAGAAUACCCUACUAUCCGUGAGGUUGCUAGGGUAAUAGGCUUGCUCAUCUCAAACUUCCCAGGUGUUGCAAUGGGACCACUACAUUACAGACUUUCUGAAGCUGACAAUGCAGCACUUGAACAUAACAAAGGAAAGUUUGAUGCCACUGCGCACCCUCGGCUGAAGCCAAGGAAGAACUUGUGUGGUGGAUAA